AUGAAUGGGAGGUCAUGCAGUAUGAGCCAUCGGACAACAGGUAUUUCUCAUGGACCUAGGAUGAUCAGUGGACAGCAGAUCCCACCUGUCAGAGUUCAUGCAGGAACACCCUGCCCAUCUUCAAAUAGCAGCACCCCAAGCCCAGCUAUUGGAAAUUUUUCUGCCAGCCUACACUUAAAGAUGCCCCUUGGAGGAGGGGCAGCUCCUCAGAGCAACAGCAUUGACAGUGUUAUUCACCUUCCUGCUCUAAGUCCCAGGAAACAAGUGGUUACAAAUGGGAAGCCUUUAUUACAAGUCCCACAGCCCCCAGGACUGCCAGCCCCAUACUCUUUAAAGCCAAAACAGCAAGAAUUUGGAAAUACUUUCUCCUCAGGCACAGGUGAAGGAGGUCAUGGUUAUGGACCCCAGUGCAAGUCCGUUGGAAAAGGCAGCUGCAGCAAUGUCAUAGACACCAGCAGUCCCAUGACAGUUCAACAGCUGGGACCUAUUUCACCUCCUGCUCAUCAGGUUUCAACAGCGUGCAACCUUAGCUUGCAGACGCCUGUUGAUGCUUCCAGCCUGAGUGCUUCCUCUUCAGAUACAAGGUCGCUCUUACCAUGUGAAUCUCUGACCUCUACAACAUUAAGCUUCUCAGAAGGUCAGUCUACUUUGAGUGUUAAGCAAGAAUGGUUGCAAGGGUACAAGACACUUCCUUCCAUUCCUCCAGACCAAAGUUUACAGAACAGCAGUGAGCUGGGGGAUUUACUAAAUUUUUCAUCAGGAACCUCUGUGUCCAGUAAUUGCAUCUCUAGCUUGUUACCAUCCUACUUAUAUGGCAUGGAAAAUAAGCAUUCCCCUUACUCUAGUCCUCGCCAUUCCUCAGCCCGGUCUCAAUCAACGCGUUCCAAAAAGAGAGCACUCUCUCUGUCUCCUCUGUCUGAUGGCAUUGGGAUCGACUUCAAUACAAUCAUCCGUACAUCCCCAACCUCUCUGGUGGCCUACAUGAAUAGCUCCAGGACAUCACCAGCAAAUGUCUCCCCACAGCCUGAGGUCUAUGGACAUUUUCUGGGAGUGAGAGGAAGCUGUAUACCCCAAAAUUGCUCUAUUCCAACUGCCCAGAAAGGCUUUCUCAUGGCUAAUGGCAGCAUCACCUUCCCAGGGUACAUUGAGAGUGAGGCUGGUGAGUACCAGCGGAUGCAGCAGCUUGAGCAACCCAGCUUGCAGAUGGCCGCCACAGGUAACAUGGUGAUUCAGCAUGGCUUGCCACCCACCAACAGCCUGAAAAAUGAACAGCUGGAUAACUUCUCAGACCAUACAGCUGACAUGCCUCCACCACCCUUGCUCCCACCACCACCACCUCCGCAAGGGCCACCCCCACCAUACCAUGCUCACCAGCACCAACUUCCACACAGCCUCCCCAGUCACGUUCACCCACUGCCUUUGCCUCCUUCUGCCCCGGGCUCCCUGCUUGAGGAAGAUAGUGAGCUAGACGAUUUCAACGGCAAGCAUGGCUGUCGCUGGGUUGACUGUGGUGUGCUGUAUGAGCAACAGGAGGAACUUGUGCAGCACAUAGAGAAGAUCCAUAUAGACCAGAGGAAGGGAGAGGACUUCACUUGCUUCUGGGCAGGGUGCCCACGAAAGUACAAGCCUUUUAAUGCCCGUUAUAAACUGCUGAUUCACAUGAGAGUCCAUUCAGGAGAGAAGCCGAACAAAUGCACA